AUGUUCGCUACCACUUUGACGACCUUCCUUGCUGCUUCGGCCAGCUUGGUCUCGGCCGCGUCCAUCCCCAUCCGGGACAACGGGAACUCCGGCUCCGCCUCCAUGACUCCCCACGAUCUCUACUCGUCCUCUAUCGGCGUGUUGGGCUGCAAGAUCGACACCAACCGUGUCGCGUACUGGCCCAAUGCUGUCGAUUGCGACAACAUCUGCCUCAAGGUUUCUCACGCUGGACGUAGCGUCAAGCUCCUCCGCAUCGACCAGUCCGGCGGUGCCUAUGACAUCUCCUACGACGCCUACAACUACCUCGUCACCGGCAAGGGCGCUGCUGAGGCACCCACCCAAGGUGGCCCGGUCGGUAUGGAGUGGGAGAGCCUCCCUGCCAGCGAGUGCAGCCACCUCAUGAAGGACGGCAAGCUGCCUCUCUCAGCCGCCAACAGCAUGAACUACCUGGCUUCCUGCCUCGGUACCGACAGCUUCGUUGGCAAGAACCACGCUCUCUACAACAUCCAGAACUCCGCUUGCACCUGGGGCGUCGACGAGCAGUGCAACCUCGACCUCGCCGUCAGCAACCAGGCUGCGUGCCCCAGCGGCCUCGGCAUCACUACGGCACUGAAGAACCAGCCCGUCAAGAACAUUGCCUACGGCACUGGCAAGAUGGAGGUCGCUGUCCAGUAA